AUGCAGGAAAACAACAACCAUUCGGGAAGGGAAAAAAGCCUACAGGAAACCACCGACUGGCAAGAUCCUACUAAUGGCGAGGACGAAGAGGACGAUCACCUGGGCGUUGAGGAGGCGAUCUUUUUUGAGCAGGAACGAAAUGGAAGCACCAAUUCAUUGAUUGAGGUGCUAGAAGGAAUUGGCCGCAUCACUAGAAUUCCUGGCCAUCACCAAUCUUCGGCCAUCGCCAAAUCUCUGGCUGUCGCACAUAACGUUCAGUACUCUUAUUCACUGAUCCCUCCAACUUUCACUGCCUUCUUUCAAGUUGUCACACCAUGGAAAUCUACACAUGAUGUGGGGGUCGGCGGCGCCAAUUUUCUGAGGGCGGUCGAGGCCCUUUAUUGUCGGCCAAACUCUUUAGGGAGAGCUAGUGAUGUGUGGCCAUUGCAAGUGCUGGCAGAAUAUUGCAUCCAAUUCUGGGAUGCUCCUUUUCCGAAUGGAUUCCCGCCUCCUCUUGCCACCAUCGAGGCAGCACCUCUUCCACACUCAUCACAUCACUCUGCUUCUUCCAUCGACCAAGAUUUCUCUGUGCAUAUAUGUUCAAUUCCUGCUUCAGUCAGGCCAAGUUGGGACACAGACUCCUUUGACACCCAUAUUGGUGCUGCAUCUGGUAGUCAUGACUAUUCGGUGGUUAUUCCUACGUCAGUUCGAGAUGAAGAACCGACGACUUUCCUACCUAUUCCGCACCUAUCACAGCUGAAUUCUGUGUCUUUCGAGGAAUACCUCUCUGAGUACGUGCCUUCCGAACCGCCAUCAGCUGGGCCAAGUUGGCUAGAAGAAAUCAACCACGCAUCCUUCAUGGUAUCUGAUCAUCACGCUGACGAUUUAAUCAGCUAUCCACCGAUGACUACAUCAGUUCAAAUGGAGGAGCCGCUGAUUUCCUCAGAAACCAACGACACCAUCAUUGAACACCUCCACGUCACCCUCCCCAUCAAUCCAACAAUGGUGACUCACCAGGUGCUUGUCUGGAAAGGUGUCGAUACCGCGCUUCACAAGGACUACCGGAUGCUCAUUUAUCACUCCCUGAAGAAAACUAACUGGGGCCGUCCGAUGCUUCUAACUAGGUCCUUAUACCUAGGAUGCUUCUGGGUGGGAUUAGAAAACCCAUUUGAGAUUUCUGAACGGCUCGCAUGCAAGAUUAUUACCAACAGCCUUUUGACGGCAAUAGAUAUCGAUGAGACCACAUUGCAAGAUUUGAUUGACAAACCUCUGAUCCUCGAGUCGCCAAAGGGACAUUUCACUGCUGUUGGAUGGGAUGUCCUUUGUCGAACUUCACUCCUAAGCAUUGUGAGCAGCUCGCUAAGAUUCUCGGGCGAGUCAAUAAUGGAGCAAAAUGCAAAAGCCGACCACUUCCUUGGGCUUCUUUGUUCAGCCAAUGUAGACAGGGAACUCUUGUUCGCGUGCUUGUUUCAACCUAUCAUCGGCUUGGCCAAAGACAACCACAUCAGGAGAGUCGCGGAUCUCUUCCCGGAAGAAGUCCGAGAUCAGCGAGGUCUACGACAAGGUGUAGUGGGGACUCUAUUAACGAUAAUAUACCAUACAUUUCUUUGUUGGCGCUCGACGAAUUCUCAAGGUCAAAAACUGAGUCGCGCAUAUGACAUUAUUAUGUUUGCACUUACCGACAUGUAUGACAACCCGGAGUUGUACCCCGAGUUCCAGGAAGUGGUGAAGGCACUGCCAUUCAUAAGGAGCAAGGUGAUCCCCAGCUCAAAGGCUAGAACACCUGACCACGCAAGGUUGGACAUUGGUUUCAGGAGCAGACGCUCCUCUGUGCCAGAUGGCCCAAUGUCCAAAGUGUGUCGGCAGCCUAACUACGCAAACUUGAACAUUGGCUUCAGGAGCAGAUGCUCCUCUGUGCCAGAUGGCCCAAUGUCCAAAGUGUGUAGGCGGCCUGACCACAUAAAGUUGAACAUUGGCUUCAGGAGCAGACGCUCCUCUGUGCCAGAUGGCCCAAUGUCCAAAGUGUGUUGGCAGCCUGACCACGCAAACUUGAACAUUGGCUUCAGGAGCAGACGCUCCUCUGUGCCAGAUGGCCCAAUGUCCAAAGUGUGUCGGCAGCCUAACUACGCAAACUUGAACAUUGGCUUCAGGAGCAGACGCUCCUCUGUGCCAGAUGGCCCAAUGUCCAAUGCGUCUAUAUACCGAUACGGCUCAGAACUGCAGCCCCUUUCUGAGAAACUCAGCAUUUUUCUAAACAUGUCUUGUAUCAAUCAUACUGCCUGCAUGGGGUCGCUACCAGUGAAAGGUAGAAAGGCUCUGACACAAGUUGACAUCUGGUUCGAUUCGCGACUCACCCAAUCAGGUGUCGCUCUGCGUCAUCUGACAAGGAUCAGAACUCAGUUACUCCACGCCGUAAACAAAGCAAAAGCAACGCUUCGCACCCCAACAAGGUUCGAUCAACAGAUGCUGCUUAAGCAUAGUGUCCCUAUUUGGCCGACGCAGUUACGGCGCUAUACUGAAAUGCCACAACUGGUACCUGUAGUACGCGAUUAUAACGUGCAGAUGAUGCAAGUCGACCCAUCUAGCAUCGACAGGCGCGAGGUGCAUGGGGAUUGGGAAGAGUGUAUUCACCCAUCGGGGGCUACGUAUCAUUACAAUGGCAAAAUGGAAACACGUCAAAUAUUUUCCAAGCAGGGUUUCAAUGAGUCUCCUGGAAGUAAGAGAAUUAUGGCUUCAAUUGAACUGGUAUCGCAUAGGAUAGAGGAGCUUGCAGGACCUGAUGGGGCGAUGAGGGAACCAAGUAUCGCAAUCUGUGUCAAUAAAGGGCAUCACCAAUACUUGAACCACUAUGGCCAGCCUGAAGCUCGCUUAAUGCGAACACAUUCACUGGGUGAGAGACGUAGGGAUCUAGAACAUUCUCCCCUCAUGACUGGUAUUGCAGUCACAAUGUUUUGGAUUCCAAUAAUGGUGCUCAAAUGCCUCAGAAGCAUUUACAUUGAUGGCCUCGUAAAUGGGGUAGACAUAAAGGGAUUCACAGACGACUUCAGCGUUCAGGCUAAAGCUCAAACCACCGUGGCAAGUGUCAUUCUGGCAGUCAAUGCCUCCAUUCUCGCCAUCCCGGGUAUAGGCACACAAAUCGCCACAAAGACGUUAUGCUCCAUCUCCUUCAUAUUUAGUGUCUACUGUAUCCUUGGGUGUACUACCUGCAAGGGAAGAUGGCAGCCAAUGAAUGUUGAGCUUGGGUUUGUAAUCACACGUGACUCUGACACUGCCCGCACUUGCUUAGAUCCAGAUAUCUGGUCUGUCGUAGUCAGGACAGUACUAGGUUGCCCAGAUACACCCCCCCUUCAGCUCAUGCGUGACUCAGGUGUCAAGCUCCAGACUGAAUUAAGGGUUCUAUCCUUUUUGCUCAAAGAUCGUGUCUAUCCUGGUGAUCUUUGGGAAAUCAUUGGGGAGUGCACUAUCGAAGUAAAGCAGGAGGCGAUGUUACUUCAACACCAGAGCACCUGCAUUGGUGGAUCAAAGGGGAAAAUGCAUGUAAUGAUAGAGCAUCUUCUCAUGGAGGAGAGGAAGAAACGGGGCCAGAUGGAGGUGUCUCUGUAUAGCCAGGCCAUUGAACACUUGCAGCAACACUGGCUGUGUAUGCACGACAUGAUGACUUUCUCAACAACUUUGAGACGUGUUGGACCCUGCGCAUCCCCAUUCUGUUCAACAGCUAUGUGA